CCUCAUCUCUUCUUCAAGAGAAGUCAUCUUCUUUCUCCAACUCUCCCUCCCUUUAUUUUGAGAAUUCUAUGAGCUUCACUGGAUGGCGUUUGCAGUUCCUCUCUUCAAUCUUGCUCCAGAUUUAACCGUCUCCAAACUCUGCUUAGGAACCAUGACUUUCGGUGAGCAAAACACCUUGGCCGAAUCAUUUCAACUCCUCGAUAAAGCCUUCAACUCUGGAAUUAACUUCUUCGAUUCUGCUGAAAUGUAUCCAGUACCCCAGCGUGCAGAGACUCAUGGCAGAAGUGAGGAGUAUUUCGGACGUUGGAUUAGAGAAAGAAAAGUCCGUCGCGGUAGUGUUGUUUUCGCCACAAAGGUCAGUGGACCAUCUGGACAAAUGUCUUGGAUUCGAAAUGGACCAGAAAGCUUGGAUGCUCAGAACAUAACUGAGGCUAUUGACAAUAGCCUGUUGCGUGUAAAGACAGACUACAUUGACUUGUAUCAAAUUCACUGGCCUGAUCGCUAUGUUCCUAUGUUUGGAGAAACUGACUAUGAUCCCCUACGACAUUAUACGUCAGUCAGUUUCGAGGAACAACUUGAUGCUCUAGAAAGAGCUGUUGAUGCCGGCAAGAUCAGAUACAUUGGCCUUAGUAACGAAACACCAUAUGGCAUUAUGAAGUUCCAAGAAGUUGCCAAAAGUAGAGCUGGGAAUCUUCAAAUAGUAUCUGUUCAGAAUGCAUACAACUUGCUAUGUCGAAAUUUUGAUUUAGCUAUGGCUGAAUGCUGUCACAACGAGAGGAUAAGCUUGUUGGCCUACAGCCCUCUGGCCAUGGGCAUACUUUCUGGAAAGUACUUUGCCGAAGAUGGAGGUCCAUCUGAUGCUCGUUUAAAUCUGUUUAAAGGGAGAUACAAGGAAGGGGAGUCCAGAUACGACCUCUCAAAAUCUAAUGUUUUAUAUGCUGCCAAAUCAUACCUAGAGAUAGCAGACAGAUAUGGUAUUCAUCCGGUGUCUCUUGCAAUUGCCUUCAUUAUGAGACACCCUCUCGUGGCUAGUGUUGUCUUUGGAGCCACAAAAGUUUGGCAGCUUGAAGAGGUUCUUGAUGCGUGUAAGGUCAACCUCGAUCCGGAGAUAAUUACUGAGAUUAACAAGGUCCACUCGAGGUUUCCAAGCCCUUGUCCUUGAAAAGCAAUGCUCUAUUGGUCCAUAAGCACCUCAAUGUCCCUGCUCGUAAAGACUGCUGGUGCAGAUCCUGAUUUCUAGCUAGAACAUUGGGACUUGAUCAUUGAUAACUGAUGGAGUUUUAUUAAUCUAUCGACAAUAAAUCUAGGAUUUUAGCUUGAUUGGUUCAGCUUUUAAGAUCCUGACCACUACCAUUGAACCAUUGCAUUUUAAAAAAAAUUGAGUUUAGAGUUUAAUAUUUUGUCAUAUUAGUGAUUUUCACCUGCAUUCCGUGUAAAAAAAUGAUGGAUUCAAUUGAACUUAUCAAAUGAAUGAUCUAUUCGCCUGUGUCUA